AACAUUUCUUUUUAUUCACCAUAAAAAUUAUUCACCAUUGAAUGCUCCUUAAUUCGAACAACCUGUCAAAAGCUAGCUAUCCCAAUUGUUUUCGCUCAUCCCACCAGAGUCUCUCGCGGACAAGCUGCCGAUUCCUCCACGCUGAUCGGAACACCGCUUCGAAAUCGAAAACUGUCGGCUCCGUCUGUCCAUCGAAGCCGCGAAUCCCGUCGGCGACACGUCGAAUCGUUAUCCGCGUCGAAUCGACAAUUUCGUCGGGCCAUUUACGCCACGGCCCCCUUGUUCCGGAAGAGAAAACGCGUCGUUUUCUGCUACGCCGUCGAUACGGACACCCUCGCGACUGGACUCAUUCGCGACGCCGAUUUUCACGCCACCCCCGACCACCCCCGUUCGAUCGAUUUCGCAGGAACGAUCGAGAGCGGGCUCGGAUCGGCCGCGGUUUUCGACGACUGCCUCGGCAACGGCGACCGGCUGCAGAAUAUUCCGCGAACCGGGAAGCUCUCUGGUAUAAUGAUGGAACACGUUUAGCUGCGGUUUUUGACACUGCUGCGUUGAUCGUCGACGCUUCGAUUCGUCGAGCUCUCGAUUCGUUCUAUUCGAAACCGGGAGGUAUAAAAACAAAGCGCGUAGUUUCGCGAAUAGAAAAUUCGGAAAAUUUCGCCGUCGAUGAAAGAUGCCAUCUCCGGGUCGGAUUGGCGCACAGAAUCGCUUUAUCGAAGACUUUGAAAUCUUUGGUCUAUCAGAAACUGAUAGACCUCUGUCGGUUUGCUCGUUCUCCGAAGUGCCUCGUUCCACUACAAAAAGUUCCGUACAGAAACGUGUCCGGGAGAGUGUUAAGAAAAAAUAGAAACGUCGUCUCGGCACGGCCGCGUAACAAUCCGCUUGUACCAUUCGAACCGCUCGACGCUCUCUCAGGCUCGAGUAGAACGAUACAGAAAUCUCCAUUCGCGAAAGAUCGAUCGACGUCGAGAGCAGAUUCGAAUCUCCCGGCUCGUUCGCUGGAGACAUGUUUCGUACACCCAAUGGACAAGAGCCCUCGUGCCGCGCGAAAGUAACUCGGUCGGGACGGAAAAUCCCCGGCGUCGUCUCAAUUAAUCGGCUCGCGCGGGGGGGAUGGAUACGCGAGAAACGAACGUCGACAGGUGUCCGCGUAAGCCACGGGUUCCCGUCCGGACACGAAAGGAUGUGUUCUUUUCACCGUCUGCCGGCCUAACGACGUCCCAUGAAAGAUGUAUGAGCCUUGGAAACCAGCCCUGCCUUUUCCCAGCCGCCCUCCACCCUCCUCCGCCCUCCGCCGACGUUCGACUUUUUGCCGCGAAGCUUCCGGCUCCUCGUAAAACAUAACGAAUUCGAGAGUCCAUCGGCCGGGGAUCGUAAAUCCCUCUCUCGCUCGGUGCCUUAACGAUUGCGUGCUUCGAGAAUCUGGGGAAAAAGAGGGGCGGAGUGAUUAGAAACGGGAUAAGGGGACGCGAUUUUAACGAGAGCUGGCCCGCGUACGGCUGGAUAAAGCGAGGGAUGAUUGCGUGCCCUGCGAACAGGUGUACAAACAAGCGGCGAUGAUAGAUCGAGGGGGGCGGGCAGGGGGUGAUUAUAACAGGAGGCGCCGGAGCGAAAGAUACGAACGAGAGGCGGAUUGCGAACGGAUAAUACAGAUAACCGAGAACCUGUGAUGGAUAAACCGAGGAGCGAUACGUACACACCUCUCCAAAAUUAUUAGGACAGUCGCAGAAAGUUGAAUAAAUUUUGGGAACUGGUAGGAUGUUGUUAUAGAAUUUCUUCAAUUUAUUUCAAAGUUAAUUGUACGAAAUUGUAACUAGUGCGUAAAUAUAUAUAUAUAUAUAUUUUUUUUUUACGUUGUAAUAAUAAUAACGUCGAUUCUAUAAAAGAAAAUUAAAUUUUCCUCCGGCCAAUAUAUUCACCGCGUUUUUAACACGUUCAGUGCCGCGUCACAUAUAGGCGACGUUAAUUUUCAACUAGGUUUUUGAAAUUCACUUGUAUCGUAAUGUAUUGAACAAAUUGAUUGUUGUUAGGAUUUGUAGAACACAAAAUGGCUGAAUAUUUCCUAUGGCAAAUUUUCACUUUCUAGUUUCGGUGCCUCUAAUCGAAUGACUCUGAUAUCGUGUGAAUUUUUCGAGUUAAUAUUUGUCGUUUGUCGCGCGAAGCGAACCGAUUACUUGAUACUAAAUACAGAGAACAUUACCGGAACCUAAUGAUAAAUUAGAAUUAGAAUUAGGAAAAGAUUUGAACGUAAACGAAGACGCGGCCUGCGAAUAGCUGGAGUCAUAAAGGGGUUGCAAAUCUCGGGAAAAGUAUUAGCAUCGGCGUGAUUCGCGGACAAAAACGUAGCUGGAUAACGAAGAGAGGGCGGGAAGAUUGUAACGAGAGAUAGAGGAGAGCGAUUCAGAGAGCCAGAUGCGAGAUCGCGGUGCCUCGUUCGUCGACCGAGUACUCCGCUGCCUAUGCUUUAACAAUUACGUGCCUAACGAACAAGAAUGCGGGAGAGGGAGAGAACGAGAGAGAGAGAGAGGAGCCGGAAGCGUUUUCGCCGGUAGAUCGAGCGUAAUCCCGAAUGAGAAGCGGGCGGAAUUUUUCGCGAGCGUUUUCCGGGGCCGAGCUCCGCGACAGAUUCUUUCCCCGAACUUGUGCCUUCACUUCGUAUAAUUAGCGAUAAGAUUACCGUGUCCUCGAGGCGUGUCGACCAGCUUCAACGACAGCGCACGAACACGCUUGGCGAAUUCACGUUCCAUAGAUUCCUCUUUCUCACGCGACGAGCCAUCGAAACGACGCCCGCCGAGAAUCAUUUUCUCGAUCCUUCGUUCGCUUCUCGGGCCGCCGGACGAAUAUUCUUCGCGGUCGUUGCCCCGCUCGCCCGUACUUAACCGCCGCCUCGAGGCACUUAGUCGAGACAGACGAUUAGUGCUUUUUAUCGGCGACGUCGAUACGAACGUAGCGACGUAGACGCGUCUCCCUUGAUCCAGGAACGAGCGUUCGGCGUAGCGUUUUACCGCGUUCGCCAAGCCGAGUAGAGUUUAAGCGAACCGAGGCCGUGCCGCGCGACCCUGCCCGGGGCCCGGCCCGGCCCGUCUUUUCUGCGAACCGGAAACAAAUAGAGAGAACAAAACAAGUACAAUCAGCGCGCGGCCCAGGGUUCGCGAUCCGUCGAUCGGAUUCCGACUUUCCGUGUUCAUUUUCCGAACGGUUACUCGCGCGGAUUCUCAGAGCGUCCCUUUUUCUCCUCGCCCGCGAUACAACCCGCGGCGCGGUUCCACUCGCUCGAGCGAAUCGCCCCGGGGUCCGUACACCGCCUGCGCGCUGCUAAUCGUCCGCGAAUCGGAAUUCGAGUUCGCAACUCGGAACGAAUCGUGCGAGACCAACGGGGAAUAACGGAUGAAACACGGGGCGCGGGUUUCUUUAUUUCUUUCUUCUUCUUCUUCUUCUUCUUCUUCUUCUUCUUCUUCUUCUUCAUUUUAUCUUUCUUUUUUUUAGUCUAGCCGUAAAACGGAUUUUCGAGAAUCGUUACUUAAGGCUAUAAGGCUGCGGCCAGCGUAACUUAAGGACAGAGAUCUUAAUUAAUCGAUUUAACGCCCGCGAGGGCGCGCUGCAACAGCAAGCAUCGACGGCGUGUUUCACUCGAUUUUCUUCCGUUUCUGUUUCCUUUAUCUUUUCUUCUUCAUAUAUCCGCAAGCGUGUCUAAGUUGUAAUUGUACAAGCGAUACUAGACAGUAUGACGACAAAGAGGAAGUAUUAACUAUUAUUUUUUCUCGUUUUUUUUUUUUGUUCUUGUUACGAGAGGGAGAGACCGAGCAGACCGUACUGCUGUCAUAUACAAAAUAAAUGGAAACAUAGUGGAGAAAAAAAACAA